CGGAGAAGAACCGAUCAAGACAUCUCUCUAUUUAAAGAAAAGAAAAAAAGAAGCAAAAAAUAAAAAACCUAUUCGGUCCUCUUCUCUAUCUUCAAAUUCUUCAACGGCCGACCACUGCUGACGUACCUGACAAACACCUUCUCUCUCUUCCUCUGCCUUCUUUCUCUCCCGCUCUUUCAUUCCCGUUCUGAGGCGAAAAUUGUUUUAGGGUUUCUUUGAUUCUUCCAUGGCUGCUCCACCUGCUAGGGCACGAGCUGAUUAUGAUUACCUCAUAAAGCUUCUCCUGAUCGGCGACAGCGGUGUGGGCAAGAGUUGCCUUCUUUUGCGCUUCUCAGAUGGUUCAUUCACUACCAGCUUUAUUACUACCAUUGGUAUUGAUUUUAAGAUAAGAACAAUUGAGCUCGAUGGUAAACGGAUCAAACUGCAGAUCUGGGACACGGCUGGUCAGGAGCGGUUCCGAACUAUCACAACAGCUUACUAUCGUGGAGCGAUGGGUAUUCUGCUGGUGUAUGAUGUUACCGAUGAGUCAUCAUUUAACAACAUUAGGAACUGGAUUCGCAACAUUGAACAGCAUGCUUCUGACAAUGUCAACAAGAUACUGGUGGGGAACAAGGCUGACAUGGAUGAAAGCAAAAGGGCUGUUCCUACCUCAAAGGGCCAAGCACUUGCUGAUGAGUAUGGUAUCAAGUUCUUUGAGACUAGUGCAAAGACAAAUUUAAACGUUGAGCAGGUUUUCUUUUCAAUAGCAAGAGAUAUAAAGCAAAGGCUUGCAGAAACUGACUCCAAAGCGGAGCCUCAGACGAUCAGAAUUAACCCACCAGACCAAGCAGCUGGUGGUGCUCAAGCUCCCCAAAGAUCAGCUUGCUGUGGCUCUUAGGAUCAAAAUUCAGACUAGGGAGAGAGAACGGGCAGGGCCUGGAGGUGACACGCCUGUUGACAGAUUAAUCAGGACGGAAGUAUGAGGCGGGUGCUUGUAUUUUUCUCCUUACCAUUCUUUGCAACUACUAUUUUUAGCAUUUGAAAGUUAGUUUCUCGCUCAUUUGUGGAAUUUAUUAUAUGAGACGCGGUCAUCUUUUCUCUCGUGGGAAUUAGAAAACCAUAAUAUUUUUUUUUCCUUCCUUUCUUUGAGAGAACCUAUAUUGUUCAUCUCCUUGAUGUAGAAAAGUAUAUAGAAGCAGCCUUCAAUUUUACCUAUGCAACUUCACUGCA